AUGUCUCUGAAACGGAAGCUGUGUUGUUUCACUUUGCGACGCCACUGCAACAUCGCAUCAGAGCCUCGCUACCUUCUGAUGUCAUCCGAAUCUUUUCCAAACAAUGACCGUUCCGGGGUCGGUAUCAGCACACUUCCCGUUGAAAUCCUCAGACAAAUCAUCAUCCAUGCCGCCACGAACGACCCUCACAAAUACAUAUACAAGAGCUCACAUGGGUUUUAUAACGAAAAUCCCAUCCAUCUGGGCUGGAUUUCGAUCACCCACGUAUCUCGUUUGUGGAGAGAAGUUGCUGUGACGACCCGGUCCCUCUGGACAGAUAUCGUCCUCAACUUUGGACGGACAUGGGCGGCAGAGAUGAUUCGAAGGAGUGGGCCUACCGCUGCCAUUUCUGUCCUCGUUGCCGACUGCAGGGAGUGGAUGUACGAAACAUUCGACGCCAUUGUACCUCCCAUGAUGAACCGGGUAGAGCGGUUGGAGCUAUGGGGUACUUGCGACGAGAUCGAUUACGCUUGUGAUCAGCUCAUGUUCACUCCAGCUCCUGCUCUCAGGUCGCUGCGCCUUACAAAUGCCUCGUUCUGGAGAGGAGACAGUGACAUUGUCUGUGAUGGAUUAUUUGCAUACCACACGCCUCUUCUUUCGACUCUCCGACUCUAUCGUGUUGGGUAUCCUGCAACGUCCUUCUACAUGUUUGAAAAUCUCAAGCACUUCGAGCUCCACUCGGGAGAAGAUGACAGCGAUGUAAAUCCCUUCCUUGCCCAGCUUGUCACUGCGUUGGCACACAUGCCAUUUUUGGAGACCCUGUCAAUGACAGGAUGUGUACUGCGUGACUUGACCGAUGACAGCAUCGCAUUACUUCCGUCUAAACAAUUCACCACUGCGAAGCUUCCCAACCUUCGUACCCUUACAAUGGAGGGCCACAGGCAUGUUCUUGAUUGCAUGCGCCGUCAUAUUGAAUGUCCUGCCUCUUGUGUCGUUUCGGAGAAGAUAUUGUCGUUGUCUUUGCCAUUCUAG